AUGGCUUACUUUCUGGUUGAAGGGCCACUUGAGCAGGGCAUCACUGUGGUCCCCUCAUCACCACGAAGAAUAAAGACAAGUGAGAGCCUCGUCCCGUUCCAUCCCCGUUCAGGUAGAUGCGAGGAUGGAAGCAGGUUUAAGGUCGCCCUCCCAUUUAAGCCAUACUUCUAUGUCGCUACCAGAAAGAAUUGUGAGAGGGAGGUCAUCUCAUUCCUUUCAAAGAAGUUUCAGGGGAAAGUGGCAAAGCUGGAAGUCUGCUCCAAGGAAGACUUGGACCUGCCAAACCAUCUGGUGGGACUGAAGAGAAAUUAUAUCAAGCUGUCAUUCAACACGGUAGAUGAUCUUAUGAAGGUCAAACGUGAGCUCUCCCCAGCUAUUCGCAAGAACCGAGAAAAAGAGAAGUCCAAUGAGACGUAUACAAGCAUGCUGUCCAGUGCAUUGGUUGGAGGAAACAUUAUGACCGGGGAGGAGGAUGGACCGUCCAAGAAGAUGGCAGAUCAGAUGGAUAAUCUAGUGGACAUGAGGGAAUAUGAUGUCCCCUACCAUGUCCGCUUGUCCAUCGACCUGCAAAUCCAUGUGGCUCACUGGUACAAUGUCCGAUUCCGUGGCAGUGCCUACCCUCCUGAGAUCGUGCGAAGGGACGACCUUGUAGAGCGACCGGAUCCAGUUGUGCUGGCUUUUGAUAUAGAGACGACCAAACUUCCUCUCAAGUUCCCUGAUGCGGAGACAGACCAAAUCAUGAUGAUGUCAUACAUGAUUGAUGGACAGGGCUUUCUCAUUACAAACAAAGAAAUCGUCUCUGAGGACAUUGCGGAUUUUGAGUUCACCCCUAAACCAGAGUACGAGGGACCAUUUACAGUGUUCAAUGAGCCAGAUGAAGCCGCGCUCAUUCAGCGGUGGUUUGAACACAUCCAUGAGACUCAGCCCAACAUCUUUGUCACGUACAACGGGGACUUCUUCGACUGGCCCUUUGUGGAGACCCGUGCAGCCCACCAUGGCCUGAACAUGUACAGGGAGAUUGGCUUUCAGAAGGACAACCAGGGGGAAUACAAGUCCAGCCAGGCCAUACACAUGGACUGCCUCAGGUGGGUCAAGAGAGACAGCUACCUGCCCGUGGGGAGCCACAACCUGAAGGCGGCAGCGAAGGCCAAGCUGAGCUAUGACCCAGUGGAGCUGGACCCAGAGGAGAUGUGCCGCAUGGCCACCGAGCAGCCACAGACACUGGCAACAUACUCGGUGUCAGACGCCGUGGCCACAUAUUACCUGUACAUGAAGUACGUCCACCCGUUCAUCUUCGCCCUGUGCACCAUCAUUCCUAUGGAGCCCGAUGAGGUUUUGCGUAAAGGCUCUGGAACGCUGUGUGAGGCUCUGCUGAUGGUCCAGGCCUUCCAUGCCAACAUCAUCUUCCCCAACAAGCAGGAGCAGGAGUUCAACAAGAUGACCAAUGACGGUCAUGUCAUGGACACUGAGACCUAUGUGGGAGGUCAUGUGGAGGCCUUGGAGUCUGGGGUCUUUCGUAGUGACAUCCCCUGCCGCUUUAAAAUGAACCCUGCUGCUUUUGACUUCCUCCUUCAGAGGGUUGAGAGAACCCUUCGUCACGCUAUUGAGGAAGAGGAGAAUAUACCACUGGAGCAAGUCACCAAUUUCAAUGAGGUGUGUGAGGAGAUCAAAAAGAAGCUGGUCUCUUUGAAAGAGGUGCCCAACAGGAUUGAAUGUCCUCUCAUCUACCAUCUUGAUGUAGGGGCCAUGUACCCCAACAUCAUCCUGACCAAUCGCCUCCAGCCGUCUGCCAUGGUGGACGAGGCCACCUGUGCCGCCUGCGACUUUAACAAACCGGGCGCCAACUGCCAGCGGAAGAUGGCCUGGCAGUGGAGAGGAGAGAUCAUGCCAGCGAGCCGCAGUGAGUUUCAUCGCAUCCAGCAGCAACUGGAGUCUGAGAAGUUCCCUCCUUUCUUCCCCAACGGCCCCCCGCGGGCCUUCCACAGCCUGGACCGAGAGGAGCAGGCCCGCCAUGAGAAGAAACGUCUUGCAGAUUACUGUAGGAAGGCGUAUAAGAAGGUCCACGUCACCAAGCUGGAGACGAGGAUCACCACCAUCUGCCAGAGGGAGAACUCUUUCUAUGUGGACACCGUCCGAGCCUUCAGAGAUCGCCGCUAUGAGUUCAAAGGCCUACACAAGGUGUGGAAGAAGAAGCUGUCCCAGGCGCAGGACCGCGGGGACGCCGCUGAGGUGAAGCGCUGCAAGAACAUGGAGAUCCUCUACGAGUCCCUGCAGCUGGCCCACAAAUGCAUCCUCAACUCCUUCUACGGCUACGUCAUGAGGAAAGGAGCCCGCUGGUACUCCAUGGAAAUGGCGGGGAUCGUGUGCUACACUGGAGCGAACAUCAUCACCCAGGCCAGAGAGCUCAUCGAACAGAUCGGGAGGCCUUUGGAGUUGGAUACGGAUGGGAUCUGGUGUGUUCUGCCUAACUCCUUUCCUGAGAACUUUGUCCUCAAAUCAACCAAUGAGAAGAAACCCAAGGUCACCAUCUCCUAUCCCGGAGCUAUGCUUAACAUCAUGGUUAAGGAGGGCUUCACCAACCACCAGUACCAGGAGCUGGUGGACCCGGCCAAUCUGACCUAUGAGACGCGUGCCGAGAACAGCAUCUUCUUUGAGGUAGACGGGCCUUACUUGGCCAUGAUACUGCCGGCCUCCAAAGAAGAGGGCAAGAAGCUGAAGAAGAGGUACGCAGUGUUCAAUGAGGACGGCUCUCUGGCUGAGCUGAAGGGCUUUGAGGUGAAGCGUAGGGGAGAGCUGCAGCUCAUCAAGAUCUUCCAGUCCUCUGUGUUCGAGGCCUUCUUGAAGGGCACCACGCUGGAGGAGGUCUACGCCUCCGUGUCCAAAGUGGCCGACUACUGGCUGGACGUUCUCUACAGCAAGGCGGCCAACAUGCCCGACACAGAGCUGUUUGAGCUGAUCUCCGAGAGCCGCUCCAUGUCCCGUAAGCUGGAGGACUACGGAGAGCAGAAGUCCACCUCCAUCAGCACCGCCAAGCGCCUGGCCGAGUUCCUGGGCGACCAGAUGGUGAAGGACAAGGGGCUGAGUUGUCGUUACGUGAUCUCACGCAAACCGGAAGGCUCGCCGGUCACUGAGAGAGCCAUACCGUUGGCCAUCUUCCAGGCAGAACCUGGAGUCAAAAAGCAUUUCCUGCGCAAAUGGCUGAAGAUGCCAGGUCUUCACGACCUGGACAUUAGAUCGAUCCUCGACUGGAACUACUACAUCGAGCGCCUGGGCAGCGCCAUCCAGAAGAUCAUCACCAUCCCCGCGGCCCUCCAGCAGGUGAAGAACCCGGUGCCCAGGGUGCGCCACCCGGACUGGCUGCACAAGAAGCUGCUGGAGAAGAACGACAUCUUCAAGCAGAAGAAGAUCAGCGAGCUCUUCACCAGCGAGGGGAAGAGACAGCUACCGAACGUGGUCCAGCCCGGCGAGGCCAAUGACAUGGAGGACUUUGGGAAGCCUCCGCGGCCCCUGCAGCCGGCCAUCCUCAUCAGCACCAAGCGCAAGCGCGUCUCCCAGGGCGAGGACAGCCAGGCCGAGUCCCAGGAGCUGGAGCUCACCCAGUCCUGGAGGGAGAUCCUGGGCCCGCCGCCCUCCAAGGAGGAGCUGCUGGUGUGGCUGCGCUACCACAAGAAGAAGUGGGAGCUGCAGCUGCGGCAGAGGAAGGAGCGCCGUAAGAAGCGACGGCUCGUAGAUGGCGAUGCCCAGCCAGGAGGGGGCGGUGUGAUCCGGGACGGGCCGACCACAGCGCUGGGCAACUUCCUCCGCAAGACGGCGCGUAGCAUCCUGGACAUGCCCUGGCAGAUCAUACAGGUUGCAGAGACCAGCCACCCAGGCUUGUUUAAGCUGUGGGCAGUGAUCGGCAGUGACCUGCACUGCAUGAAGCUCACCAUCCCCAGGGUCUUCUAUGUCAACCAGAGGAUCCCAAAGCAGGACGAGGGACCAACAUACAAAAAGGUCAACCGAAUCCUCCCGCGCUCCAAUGUGGUGUGCUACCUUUACCAGUACACGGUUCCAGAAGACAUGUACCAGGAGCACAUCAACGAGAUCAACGCAGACCUCUCUGCUCCCGACAUCGAGGGCGUUUAUGAGACCCAGGUUCCUCUGCUGUUCCGUGCGCUGGUGCAGCUCGGCUGUAUGUGCAUGGUCAACAAGCAGGCCGUGCGGGACCUCGCCGGCCGAGAGGCCGACACCUUUGACCUCGAGAACCUGGACAUGAGGUCGCUGGCUCAGUUCAGCUACCUGGAACCUGGCAGUGUCCGGCACAUCUACCUGUACCACCACAGUCAGGGACACAAGGGGUUGUUCGGCCUCUUUAUUCCAUCCCAGCGCAAGGCCAGCGUGUUUGUGCUCGACACGGUGCGCAGUAACCAGAUGCCCAACCUGGGCAACGUGUACGGGACGGAGCGCGCCGCCCUGCUGGAGAAGACCAGCGAGGAGCUGCUGCCCCCGGAGAAGCACCAGUUCGAGGUGCGGGCCGAGAGCGACGUGAAGGCCAUCUACAGAGCCGUGCAGCGCAUACUCCUUAACUACAAGGAGGAGCGGCGUGGCCCCACUCUGAUUGCGGUGCAGUCCAACUGGGAGCUGCGGCGUCUGGCGGCGGGCAUGGGGGUGCUGGAGGAGUUCCCGGUGGUACCGGUGCACGUGCCCGACGAGAUCAGCUACAGCGUGCUGGACUGGCAGCGCCACGGCGCCCGCCGCAUGAUCCGCCACUACCUCAACCUGGACAGCUGUCUCUCGCAGGCCUUUGACAUGGCCAGGUACUACCAUCUGCCCGUGGGCAACCUGCCACACGACGUGUCCAUCUUCGGCUCGGACCUGUUUCUGGCCCGCCACCUGCGCAAGCACAACCACCUGCUCUGGCUCUCGCCCACCGCCCGGCCCGACCUGGGGGGCAAGGAGGCGGACGACAGCCGCCUGGUGAUGGAGAGCGAUGACCGGGCCUCCGUGGAGAUCAACGGCCAGGGCUGCUACUCCACAGUGUGUGUGGAGCUGGACAUCCAGAGUCUGGCGGUCAACACCAUCCUGCAGUCGCAGCACGUCAACGACAUGGAGGGUGGCGCCAGCAUGGGCGUGAGCUUCGACGUCAUCCAGCACUCCUCUCUGGAGGACAUGAUGAGUGGCAACCAAGCAGCCAAUGCCGUGGCCAGCUACGACGAGACGGCCCUCUGCUCCAACACGUUCAGGAUCCUGAAGAGCAUGGUUGUCGGCUGGGUGCGAGAGAUCACGCAGUACAACAACGUUUACGCCGACAACCAGGUGAUGCACUUCUACCGCUGGCUGCGAUCGCCCAGCUCCCUGCUCUAUGACCCAGCCCUGCACCGCACCCUGAACAACAUGAUGAAGAAGAUCUUCCUGCAAUUGGUUGCUGAGUUCAAGCGUCUGGGCUCCAAUGUAGUCUAUGGGAACUUCAACCGGCUCAUCCUCUGCACCAAGAAACGUCACAUUGAUGAUGCAAUCGCCUAUGUCGAGUACAUCACUAACAGCAUCCACUCACGGGAGAUCUUCCACUCUCUCUCGCUCACCUUCUCGCGCUGCUGGGAGUUCCUGCUGUGGAUGGAUCCAGCCAAUCACGGAGGAGUGAAGGGAAAGCUGCCCUCGAGCGUCCUCUGCGGAGAGAACGGCACCGGCAAGAAGAAAAAGGAAAAGGGCGAUGGGUCUGAAGAGGAGGGCAGUGAGGACGAAGAUGACGAAGACGAAGUGGCUGGGCGAGAGGGGGAGGGGGGUGAUGGUGAAGACAAUGUUGAGGACCUGAUUGAGAGCAGCUGGAACGUCAUGCAGUAUCUUCCCCAAACGGCCUCCUGUCAGAAGUACUUCCUCAUGAUCAUCUCCGCUUAUAUUGCAGCUGUCUAUCACAGCAUGAGGGAGGAGCUACGGCGGAACGCUCCCGGGGCCACUCCCAUUAAGAGGCGGGGCGGAAGUCAGGCUUCCCAGCAGGCAGCAGGAGACGGCAGCUCCCUCCCUGGCAUGAUCAGCUUCUCUCAGGAGUACAUCUCUGGCGAGCUGACCCAGAACUUCUUCACCAUCACGCAGAAGAUCCAGAAGAAGGUGAUGGGCACACGGAACAUGACCCUGCCCUCGGAGAUGUUCCCUGUGCUGCCCGGCUCCCACCUGCCCCUCCACAACCCCGCCCUGGAGUUCAUCAAAUACGUCUGUCAGGUGCUGUCGUUGGAUGCAAACAUCGUGAACCAGGUGAACAAGCUGAAGCGAGACCUGCUGCGGCUGGUGGAUGUGGGCGAGUUCUCGGAGGACGCCCAGUUCCGUGACCCGUGCCAAUCGUAUGUCCUGCCGGAGGUCAUCUGCCACCACUGUAACUUCUGCCGCGACCUUGACCUCUGCAAGGACCCGUCCAUGGCACAGGACGGCACGGUUCUGCCCCAGUGGUUCUGCUCCAACUGCCAGGCCCAGUACGACACGGACUCCAUAGAGAUGGCGCUGGUGGCCGCCCUUCAGAAGAAGCUGAUGAGCUACACCCUACAGGACCUGGCGUGCACUAAAUGCAAAGGGGUGAAGGAGGCCAACAUGCCUCUGUACUGCCGUUGCGCUGGCGAUUUCAGCCUCACGUUCUCCAUCAAGAGCUUCUCCGAGCAGAUCGGAGUGUUCCGGAAUAUCGCGGCCCAUUACAAGAUGGGGUUCCUGCAGGAGACCAUCGACUGGCUGCUCCUCAUGACUCCUCAGCUGGCCUGAGUGGCUAAACCCCAAUGAAUAGAAGCUGAUUUGUGCCCGACCGGCUUCUGUCACCAUCAGUGUCUAGUUUUGCAGACAUUAUUAUUGUUAAUGUGCACAGCCUGUAAAUAGUACGACAUGGAGAAAUGAUAUGGAAUGCAUGACGAAGUGAGGCAUUGGUUAGCAUUCGGAGAUAAAACAUUGCUGAAUGAAGAUAGUUUUAUAAAUAAGGUCUCUGAAAUGAAUAAUGGAUUUUUCUUGAAGGUGUGUG